AUCUUCUGGCUAAUAUUUAUUGACAGGCAGCAAAAGCUCAAAAUACCUCCCUUAUCAUCGUUAGAGCCGUUAGAGGUCGUACCGGCGCGCGUCACGCAAGGAAAAAAAAAUCGCGUAAUUCAUGUGACACACAUCGGCAGAAAUGCAGCAUAGCUAAUAGGUUUGGCUUCGUCGCCAAUCAUAAAAAUCGAACGCAGCGAUACGCGAGCGCGUUUCAGUGCUCGUUGUGUAUAGUGUACACUUUAUAUUAUAAUACACUAGGUAUACUGUAUAUACUGGCAGGUGCUACUCUGUCUCGCGGCGCGUAUAGUCUCCCGCGCAAUAUAAUCUGUAUCAAGUGCAGUUAUACACACAGGCGACGACUAAUUGGUGCAGUGCAGGUUGUGGUAUAUACGGACUGCUGCUGCAGCGCACCGUGUAUAAAUCUGUCAAAACGGGCGAUCCCGCGCGCAUCGAAGAGAGACUCGAUAAUAGUCUGCAGCAGCAGUCGUCGGUAUAAUUCGCAGCAGUAGCAGCAGCAGACUCGGUGCGGACGAACUCAUCGUCGUCGUCGUCGUUGUCGUCGACGCGCACAGUUUUCGCAUUGCCUGCGCCUCUCGAUGCUGCUGCGAAGACGGACUAAGUAAUAAUAGCGCGAGGAGCAAAGGCGCAGAGCAGAGAAAGGCGUUGACGUAAGUGUGAGAUUUUCGCGUAUAUGUGUGCGCGUGCUGCUGCUACGUCAGGUGUCUGAAUAUAGUGAACACAUACAAACGAUACAUAGUUUCAUUUAUAGACCCAUUGGCCACACACUGGAUCACAGUGUCGUGCUCCUCUGGCUGCUUAUUCAGUGAUCAGUGCUUUUCUAGUCACACUCAUAUUAGCGCCCCGACGAGCUGGUUUCGACCGUGCGAAACUCACUAUAUAGCUGUGGCGAAUAUAUCUCUUGCAUGCCGUUUGCUUUGCCACGGAAUUAAUCGUUAGACAAUAUACUUUUUCAGCAUGGACCAGGAUCAAGAACAGACUAAGGCUAACUCAAGCCUCAAAACUUCUGAAACACCCGCUGACAAACCACAAGUUAUCGAGGACAAGUACGGCUGUGAGCAUUAUAAAAGAAAAUCAAAAUUUGUGACUCCUUGCUGCGAUAAGGUUUAUCCAUGCAGGUUCUGUCAUGAUGAACAAGAGGCUCAUACAGUAAAGCGUAAAGAAGUCACUGAACUUAUUUGUGUAUUAUGUGAUACUCGUCAACCUGUGCAGGCAACCUGCCAAAAGUGUCAUGUGAGAUUUGGAAAGUAUACUUGCCUAGAGUGUAAUUUGUUUGAUGACGAAGAUAAAAAUCAAUAUCAUUGUGAUGGAUGCGGGAUCUGUAGAUUAGGAGGCAGAGACAGAUUUUUCCAUUGUGCUAAGUGCAAUAUGUGUCUCCCAGUUGAGCUUCAAAAUGGACACAAAUGUGUUGAAAAUGUUUCCCAUGCUAAUUGCCCAGUAUGUUUGGAAGAUAUUCAUACAAGUCGAAUUCCUUGUCACAUUCCCAAUUGUGGUCAUCUGCUUCAUAGAACUUGUUUUGAAGACUUGUUACAUUCAGGACACUAUGCUUGUCCAACAUGCCAAGUAUCACUUUUGGACAUGAGCGAUUUGUGGAGAUUUUUGGAUAAUGAAGUGACUAUGACUCCCAUGCCCCCAGAAUACAAAGACUUCAAAGCUGAAAUUUUGUGUAAAGAUUGUCAUGAGGAAUCCACUGUGAAAUUCCAUGUUGUUGGACUGAAAUGUUUAAGCUGUGGUAGUUACAAUACAUGUAGAAUCAAAGGAUCACCUUGUCCUGAUCCAGAAUCUUUGGACGUGGCUGCUAGUGGUAGUCAUUCAGGAAAUGAUGAUCAUCAACCUCAAGGAUCACAAACACAGUAGCAAAAAUUAUUAAGAUGCUGGAAAAAUGUAACCUUUCAUUCCUUGUGCAUGAUACUAAAAUAUUUUUUUUUACGAAAAUAAGAUUUAUUGCGUUUUGUGAGUACAUAUAAAUCAUUUUAGGUUUAUAAAAAGGUGGCAUCUAUUAUCAGGAUUUUUCGACAAAGUUUUUUAUGAAGUUUAUAGUCAUUCAAAAAUAAUGUGCAAAAUUUUCAUAGACAAUCAUUUAAAUCAUCUAGUUACCCAACAUCUAUAUACAUACUAUACUCAUCAAUUAUAAUAACAAAACUAUUAAAAAAGUUUUGAAAAAUUCUAUAUAC